CCUGCGCCCCGCUGCGUCCGCCUCGCUGCCUCUCUAGGGCACCAGCAGGCAAGAUGCGGUCCUCCUUGGCUCCGGGCAUCUGGCUGCUCCGCACCUUCUCCAGGGACAGCUGGUACAGAAGCUUCAUCCUGCUGCUCACCUUCUUAAUUUAUACCUGUUAUCACAUGUCCAGGAAGCCCAUCAGUGUUGUGAAGAGCCGUCUGCACCAGGACUGCUCAAAGAUAACCCCGCUCCCCAAUCAUACCCACGAUCCCAACGACACCACGUGGUGCAACUGGUCUCCGUUUGACCAGAGCAACUACACGGAGCUACUGGGGGCCGUGGACAAUGCCUUCCUCGUGGCCUACGCCAUCGGCAUGUUCAUCAGCGGGACUUUCGGGGAGCGGCUCCCCCUGCGUUACUACCUUACAGUCGGAAUGCUGCUCAGUGGCCUUUUCACCUCUCUCUUCGGCCUGGCCUAUUUCUGGAACAUCCACGUGCUCUGGUACUUUGUGCUCAUUCAGAUCUGCAAUGGACUCGUCCAGACCACGGGCUGGCCCGCGGUUGUGACCUGUGUGGGCAACUGGUUCGGGAAGGGGAAGCGGGGGUUCAUCAUGGGCAUCUGGAAUUCCCACACGUCCGUGGGCAACAUCCUGGGCACCCUGAUCGCCGGCGUCUGGGUGAGCGGGGCCUGGGGCCUGUCCUUCGUGGUACCGGGCAUCAUCACCGCCGCCAUGGGCGUCGUCACCUUCCUCUUUCUCAUCGAGUAUCCAGAAGAUGUGGACUGCACCCCGCCACAGCACCACGUGAGGGACGGGCCGGAAGAAGGCCAGACCAACCCCGAGGACCCUGGGAGUAACCCCUACUCUCACCAGGAGCACAGCCUGGAGGCAGAGGCCGGAUGCUCCAACGAGCCAAGCGCGCAGCCUGCUGCCGUCAGCUUUUGGGGGGCGCUCAUGAUCCCGGGCGUGAUCGAGUUCUCCCUGUGCCUGUUCUUCGCCAAGCUGGUCAGCUACACCUUCCUCUACUGGCUGCCUCUCUACAUCUCCAAAGAGGCCAACUUUAGCGCCACAGAGGCAGCGAACCUGUCUACGCUCUUCGACGUUGGUGGCAUCAUCGGCGGCAUCCUGGCGGGGCUCAUCUCCGACUACACCAAUGGCAGGGCCACCACCUGCUGCGUCAUGCUGAUCUUGGCCGCCCCCAUGCUGUUCCUGUACAACCACUUAGGCCGGAGCGGCCUCGCCACCUCCAUCGUCAUGCUGAUUAUCUGUGGGGCCCUGGUCAACGGCCCCUACGCGCUCAUCACCACUGCUGUCUCAGCGGACCUAGGGACUCACAAGAGCCUGAAGGGCAACGCAAAGGCACUGUCCACCGUCACGGCCAUCAUCGAUGGCACCGGCUCCAUAGGCGCGGCCCUGGGGCCUCUGCUGGCUGGGCUCAUUUCCGCCAAGGAAUGGAAAAACGUCUUCUAUAUGCUCAUCUCUGCUGAUGUCCUGGCCUGCUUGCUCCUCUGCCGGUUGGUGUACAAAGAGAUCCUUGCCUGGAAGUCGGCCCUGAGCAAAGACACCGGCUCUUGUCUGGCCUUAACCCACCCACGGUAGUAGUUUCCUCAAGUCCCAUGACUUUUGUAUAAAGAAAUGUGAGACCCCGAUUGGAAAAGAAGGACAGAGGGCCCCGGCUGGGUCCCCAAGUGCUCCCUGGCCGGACAGCCCAGACUGCCACAGGCUGCUGAGGCCAAGCCUCCCAACCCGACGCCCGCCAGCCCAGCGCCACGCUCAGGGACGCUACGGGGCUGGAGGAGCUCCACGGGAAGAGGGCAGCAGGCAGAGGGACAGGCCAGCGCUGAGCCGUGUCCCCGCCUCGCUGAGGGGAACAUCUGCCCAGACCCUGCUUGCUCAGGCUCCAGGACAGAAGGCUGCACAGGGCCGAGGCCCCGAAAAGGCACAGCUCUCCUUCCCCUGUGAAACUGGAACCUCCGCAAUCAGCCUGUACCUGCCGGUGCAGUCCUGACCGAUUGCAGAGCUGCCCAGCCUCGCUCUGUCCUUUGUCCACAAGCCGUCCUAUCUGAUCCUGCCUCUAACUCCUGACGCUCCCGGAUGAAAGCAUCAUGGCUCCAUCCUCCAGGGCCAGGGCAGGGGGCAGGGGGGUGGGGGUCGCGAGCAAGGAGUUGUCACUCUUGGCUGCUGCUUGUGCCACUCCAAAGACUGGAGGCCUCCCUUGUCCCCCCUGGCCCCGGCCCUCUGUGUCUCCAGCAGAGACAGAGUGUCAGGGUAGUGCUGUGGAGUGGGGGUAGGGGCUGCGACUGAAAAUACCAAUGUGUGUGAUAAAAAUAA